CCUCCUCUCAUUUGCAUUAUCUUUUACCCAAUUGAAGCAAUAAGUCGUGUCUGUUUCCUAUAUUCGAUAUUUGCAUCACCAAUUGAAGCAAUAAAUCGUGUGUGUUCCCUAUAUUCAAUUGAAACAAUGGCGAUAUAUGCAUCAUCUUCUAAAUCGCCACUCCUGCAAAGACAACAACUCGGAUUUUCAAGAAUCCAAGUUUUUAUAUGGAAAAUCACUGAGAGAGAGAUCAUUGUGAGGGAUUUAAACCGGUUUCAUCAUUUCAAGAAUGGACUUGUGGUGAUUACUGGUAAUUUGAAAAAGACAGGUGAGACGAUAUUCAAAAACCGGUUUCAACUCAUUGUUAUUUGUGAACCGAUUUAUUCUUGGUAUAGGAAGACUCUGGGUGGGAAAAGAUUCCAACUUUGCUUACGAAGGUUAAGUCGCAACAAAGAAAGCUUCUUUAUUUCCGCCAUGGACACAGCCUAUCGUAGUCAUGUGGACAGAACUGAAAUUCUCUAAAAUCAGAACCGAAAUUCCACAAAAUCAGAACUAAAGUUCCAUAAAAUCUAUAAAUUUUUUCGAUUGGGUUCCCUAUAUAUUAUCUUAGGGUUUAGUAUUGUGUAAUUAAAAAGAAAAAUUAAGUUUGCUUGAAAAACAAAGAAGAAAUCGAUUUAAUCAGAUUUUGCAACUAUGUUCGAUAAAGAAGAAGAAGAAAGAAGACGAUGAAGAAGAAGAGAAGGAAAAAAAGACAGGGACAAAAUUGUCCCGAUUGAAGCAAUAAAUCGACACUGUUGUAUUCAACUGUGGAAAAUACCUAUUUUGAAAUAACUUUAUUUAAAAUGCCUAUUUUAAAUAUAAGCUCAAUAUUAAACACCUUGAACUUAUGUGUAUUUAUUAUUUGUGUGUACGGGAAGCAAUACCAGAAAAUGAAAAUCUCUUUUAUUUAUUGACAAUCCAUAA